AAUACCCAUCAUACCUUGCGACGGUCACGUCACCAGUACGUCUAGUGUUGUGCUGUUCCUCAUGUGUGAUAGCGGUAUCAAAGAUCCUGGAAACGAACGCUUCUUCUUCCGUCUGUGGUGGAAUCGGGUGGGAUCCGCAGGAGGAACGCAGACCGAGGCAGAUUCAUUGAAGAUGGCAGACGAGGAGGACUCGGGGCCGGAGGCAGAGCCGGCUCCUUACUCUCCCGCGGAAACUCCUAGUUCCGCCCGGCCUCACUACGUCUCGUUCUCCGAGAGCGUCCAGCCAGCGGUGGGCAUGAUGAGCCAGCUACUCAGCCAGCCUUCCUCCCUCAAAUUCGAUAAGAACAUCAAACAGGCCUUCUACAACACAGGAGCGAUGAUUUUCGUGGCUAUCUGUUGUGGAGCGGCUGUGCUAGUCUUCUUUAUCCUGGAAGCCUUUCUGAGACCACUGCUCUGGGCCGUUCUCUGCGGGACCUUCCUGCACCCAUUCAAACACUCCCUAGCCCGGCUGGGACGCUCCUGGCUCAACGGCCUGCAGGACACCGGGACGCCGAUACUCCUGGGGACGCUGCUAGUCCCGGUGUGGUGUUUCAACCACGGUGUGGAUUUCCUGGGGGGUCUGGUGCUGGAGAGGCUUACGGUGCUGCUGGUGAUCGGGGCGGGCGCGCCACUCAUCUACUUCUUUUACCUGUUCUGGAGCGUCAUUGGCAUGCAGGUGAUCAUCGGGCACGUGUGUGACGUCAUCGGGAGCGCGCUGGACUGCUUCCACUAUGUGUGGGUGAUGACAGUGGUGUUGGGGUAUGUGCUGGCUGUAGCCUGCAAAUGGAGCCCCGGUACAGAGAGAUACCUGAGAACUAUGUCUGUACCUGUCUGGACCAUACUACUCUUCUACCUGGGUGAGGAGAGGGGGAGAGAGGGAGAGAGAGGAGGAGCUAUGCUGAACACCAUCUACAUGGCCAUCUCCUGCAGUAACCUCCACUUGGGCCCCGAGAGAGAUACCAGCAGUGUCUCCGCAGAUGGGGUGGACUCUGUGGGCCCUGGCCCUUCCGGUCCCCCCUCUGUCUUCCCGUUCCCCCGUCAGGCCCGUCCUGAGCUGGGGGGUCUCUUCCAGAAGGAGAAGGGGUCCCAAAGAGCCAGUGAUAUCUACUUUGUCCUGCUGGCCUGGGCUUUUGUACUGGUCCAAGUCUGGCUCAAUCUCUGGAUGCUACAACUACUGCCUAUCCCAGUGGCUGUGUGGGUGUUGAAGAAGCUGGUGGUACAUUUUGGUCUGAAGCGAUUCGCUGAGAAGACUCUGUCUUCAUGGUGGGUAGGACUGGAGAAGUUUGGCCGUGAGCGACAGGACGCCAUCAUGCCUGGACCAAUCAAAGGACUCGUUCAGUUCCUGCUACGUGUUGACACCAAGCUCUGGCAUUGGCUUAACAAGCAGAUAGUCAUAUGGUUAGAGCGCUCCCUGGAUAAACUCAUCAGUAUCUUCAUCAUCUUCCUGCUGGUGACAGGAACUCUGCUCAUGGGUCUCCUGCUCACUGCUAUGGUUCAUCAUGAGAGUGUUCAUAUCAUAGAGGUCACCAGUAACCUUAUCAACGAGACUGUGUCCAGCCAUCCAGAAUGGGCCAAUUGGCUCCCUGAGGCACAGGUCAUCCAGAAAGCUAUGAACUCAGCUGCCACUAACGUCUACCAGCACGGCCGAGAAUGGAUAACAUUCAAGCUCCAUAAGAUGCUUGGUGAAAAGGGGAACCACACAGCUGUCAUAGAGAAGCAGGUUCUGGAACUGUGGGACAGACUGUACCACUCCUGGUUUGUCAAGAAUGUAACCCAUACAGGAGGGCGGAACCGUAGUGGUGGUCAGAAGCUUGUCCAGAGACAGAACAGCUGGCUGGGAGAGAUCUUAGACUGGCAGGACAUCGCCUCCUUCGCUCAGGAGAACAUAGAAACACUGCUCUCUAUAGUGGAGUCUCUGUGGGUGGUGAUGAGUCGGAACGUUGGGCUGCUGAUCUCCACAACGACCACACUCCUCACUGUCCUCUUCCACAGCGGCACAGCUCUACUCAACUUCGCCCUCAGCCUGGUGAUAUUCCUGACCACGUUGUUCUACCUGCUGAGUUCCAGUGGAGAGUACUACGAGCCUGUCAAAUGGGUGAUCAGCCUCACUCCUCUGUCCCAGCCCGGACCAUCCUCUAACAUCAUAGGACAGUCUGUAGAGGAGGCCAUCAGAGGGGUGUUUGAUGCCUCUCUGAAGAUGGCAGGGUUCUAUGGUCUCUACACCUGGCUGACACACACCAUCUUCGGCAUCCACAUCGUCUUCAUCCCCUCUGCCCUGGCAGCUAUCCUGGGUGCAGUGCCGUUCCUGGGGACAUACUGGGCCGCGCUGCCCGCUGUGUGUGACCUCUGGCUGGCCCAGGGAGAGGGGGUCAAAGCCUUGUUACUGCUACUCUUCCAUCUGCUGCCCACCUACUUCGUAGACACAGCCAUCUACUCCGAUAUAUCAGGUGGUGGCCACCCG